UGCGGCAACAUCGCAUAGAACAUGUUGUAUACUCUUUUAAUUUAUUUUAUUUCGGCACGUUUGUAUACUCUUUAGUUACAUACGUAGUUGGCUUGGACCCUAUUUUGCAAUUUUUUUGUCAAACAUUUACAUCACAGUAUUAUGAUAUAAGGAUGACAAAACUCGUCACAGCCUAGAGUUGAAGACUAAUCUAUAUAAGGGUAAUGAGACAUUACUUUUUAGUUUUAAAGUGUAUAUCAUCACAACUAAUUGAAAUAAAUAUGUGGAUAUACCUCAUCUGAUUGAUAGGAUAAGCAAGAUUGGGUAUGUAUAUUGUAUAGUAUCCAAGUUUGAGAGAACAACUUAACUACGUAAAGGUUGAUAUAUGGAACAUAUAAUUAAUGACCAUUCAAAAAUUAAAGCAUCAGAGAUCGUGGACAUACAUGUCGCAUGGGGUUCACUGACAGAUGAAUGCUACUUUCUUUUACCCAUUAACCACUAGACAUUCAAGCAUGGUGAUUUGAUGUUACAAACUUACAACCUCUAAAAACCUCCAGUAAUUAUUUAAUUCUUUGUCGAAUUUCAAUCUCGAACCCAACGAAGUACAUAUGUGAGUUUUAAUUUUAUGUCACCAAACAUAGUUAUUAUGUUGGUUGGGUUGUUGUAAGGAUUAUAUAUGGGUUCUCUUAUCUUUUGAGUUUAAAUAAGUGACCAGGCGAUAGGUAUUUAUGUAUAUAUCAUCGUCGCGUAACUAACUUAUGGUAGUAGUUAUAAGACGACUUAAACAUCACAUUCAAAUGUAUUUGAUGAUACAUUGAUACGCAUGUUAUCAUUUUCACAAUGAUUGUUUAUGCUUUAGUUGACACACAACAUCAACCAACAUGAGAUUGGGACUGGGAUUGCAUGCGGAGACUGGUUCGAAUUCUUUUAUUGUGGUUCAUCAAUGGUGAUUAUUUUAAUGUCUUGGAUGGUAAAAGUAUUCGACAAUCUAUAAAUUUAAAAACUAGCCCUCGUUUUGAACCAUGUGUGAAAUAGAUACAUUGAACCAUUGCACACACACAAUGGCUUGAACUUAUUAUAACAACCCAUUUUGGUAUAUAAAUUGGCAAAUUGCAGUUUUUUUUUGUUUUUAGAGUGAUGUAAAAUUUUCUUAGAAAUUAGUAACCUAUAUUUUUUGACCAAAAAAAAUAUUAACGUUUCAUUAAAAAAUAUUUUUUUUUUAAUAUUUAAAAUAUUAUAUUUCUAAUUUUGUAAACAAAAACCAACCAUUAUAAAAAUAAACCACUGAAACUUAUCUAUCAAUCUUACCAAAACAAGUUGGUCACAAGAAAUAGAAAUAUAUAUACGUAAUUUUUUAAAAUUAAUUUAAAUCAUACUAAAUUUUCUUUUAACUAUAUUUAAAUUUUAAAAAAAAGUAGUUGGUGGAGGAGUUAUAAUUCCAUGACAAAGGUAAUUUAAGACAAAAGCUCACUAUGUCACUUAACUCUAUAAAAUCCGUACACUUCCUACAACUUUGACACAACUUGGAAACGUAAAAAACACAAUACACUCUCUCUCUCUCUCACUCUCUCCCAUGGAGCUCUUUUCACUCCCUUCUCUGUUCCUUCUCUCCACACUCUUCGUCUUCUACAUCUCCAAGUUUCUCAACAAAAGAAGCCAAAGAAACUGUUACAUGCUUCACUACGAGUGCUUCAAGGGCAAAGACGAGAGAAAACUCGACACCGAGACGUGCGCCAAGGUCGUUGAACGAAACAAGCACUUAGGUCUCGAAGAGUACAGGUUCCUUCUACGCACGAUGGCUAGCUCAGGGAUCGGAGAAGAAACCUAUGGCCCGAUAAACGUCCUCCAAGGCAGGGAAGCCUCUCCUACUCUCCUCGACGCUUACUCCGAGAUGGACGAGAUCAUGUUCGAAACCCUAGACAAGCUUUUCCACAAGACAAAAGGCUUUGUCUCUCCUUCCGACAUAGACAUUCUCGUCGUCAACGUCUCUCUCUUCGCUCCGUCUCCUUCUCUGACCUCGCGCGUCAUCAACAGAUACAAGAUGAGAGAAGACAUCAAAUCCUUUAACCUCUCGGGGCUAGGGUGUAGCGCGAGCGUUAUAUCGAUAGAUAUAGUGCAACGCAUUUUCGAAACGCGGGAAAACGCGUUUGCGCUCGUGGUGAGCACCGAGACGAUGGGUCCUCACUGGUAUUGCGGUAAAGAUAGGUCGAUGAUGUUGUCAAACUGUUUAUUCCGUGCUGGAGGAAGCUCUGUGCUGUUAACCAACGCGGCUAGGUUCAAGAACAGGGCUCUGAUGAAGCUAGUGACUGUGGCACGUGCCCACGUAGGGGCUGAAGACGAGGCUUACUCGUGCUGCAUGCAGAUGGAGGACAAAGAUGGCCACCCAGGGUUCCUCCUAACGAAGUACCUUAAAAAAGCAGCUUCUCGUGCCCUAACCAAGAACCUCCAAGUCCUCCUGCCAAGAGUCUUGCCAGUCAAGGAACUGAUCCGCUACGCGAUAGUACGUGCGAUUAAACGAAGAACCACCACAAAAAGAGAGUCUACGAGCUCGGGGAUAGGUCUAGACUUGAAGACAGGGCUGCAGCAUUUUUGUAUUCACCCUGGAGGAAGAGCUAUUAUCGAAGGGGUCGGAACAAGCUUAGGGCUCACGGAGUUUGAUAUUGAGCCGUCGAGAAUGGCGCUUCAUAGGUUCGGUAAUACAUCCUCUGGUGGUUUGUGGUAUGUUCUUGGUUAUAUGGAAGCUAAGAAGAGGUUAAAGAAAGGUGACAAGAUACUAAUGAUGAGUAUGGGAGCUGGGUUCGAGUCUAACAACUGUGUUUGGGAGGUUCUUAAGAAUCUUGAUGGUAAAAAUGUUUGGGAAGAUUCCAUGGAUCGAUAUCCUGAACUGUCCAAGAUCCCUAACCCGUUCGUUGAGAAGUAUGACUGGAUCAAUGAUGAUACCAUGAGCUUUAUUCGUGUUUGAUCCAUAACAAGUAAGCAAUGAGGAAAAUAAGAUCGAAAAAUAUCUUUUUCCAAUAUAUUUGUAUGAAAUAUUGUGUGUUUGAAGUUUGUAUUAUUUGUAAUGUUUAGACCGACAAGUUGCUAUAUUCGACUACUUUUCUACUCUUUUCCCCGUUUUGAAUUUAAUAUAAAAGUAAUAAUCGA